GCCAGGUAACUCGUUCUAACCUUCCUCACCGACACACACACCGAAACGCACACAUACACACUCCUGACUACAUCAUCUGGACCGCUCUCCUCUCCUCUCAUUGGAUCGUAGUUGUUGGAAACUUUGAAGAUCAGUCUGCUUCGUGUGUCGGUGCGCAGAUUGCAGCUUGUGUUGCAGUUUUCGGACAUCCACGGCACAGAUGUUUUCAGUUUGACCUCCUCCUCCGUCACGUCUGGAUGUCCCCGCCCAUUGGUGCCUGAGAAGAAGGGGAGGAUGGAGGCAGACACGAUGGACGUGCAUCCAGUGAUAUGAGUUUCUGCAGACAAACUGUAAAGUUUGAGGUGAUAUUUAGCGAUGCAGCAGAUAGGAGGAAGGAAAAUCACGACAUCUCUUCAUCAAAUUCUGCAGAGUAACCUGCAAAUCCAGAUCUGCUCCGUAUCAGUCUCCACUACUGGCCCCUUUCCUGUACGUUCCUGUCCAAUACUUACCUGACGUCAGCGUCUCCACAAGAUGCUGAGAAAGAUGGUGACACUGAGGAGGAUCCUCCAUGUGAAGGGAGAUGUGAUGUGCACAAUGCUGCUGCUGGCGCUGUUCUGUCUGCUGCUCUAUGCCCGCCAGGUGGUGAUCUCCUCUGGGUGGGACAAGCCUACGUGGAAGCUGGAAGUCCAUGGCUCUACCAGCUCUAGCAGGACCUUGCUGGGUGCCAGCAGGGCCAAAGUAGGCCAGGAGUCUUCAGGGAAGAUCCCACCCAGUCCUUCAGUGCCACAGCUUCCUUCCUGCAAGGUCCAGCCCAAGUCCAAACCUUCUCAGUCCAAGUCCAAACCUCCUCAGCCCAAGUCCAAACCUCAGGUCAAAUCAAAGGGGAAACCCAAGUCGCGACGGAAAAAUGCUGUGCCGACUAAGGCAGCUGGCAAGCAGCUGCCCACGAUGCCACCAUUUGACUUUGAGGGCUAUCUGAGAGAAAAGGACAACAGAAACUUCAAGCUGCUCAUCGACCAGCCAGAUAAAUGUAACACUGGAGGAGCAGAGGAAGAAGGAGGUGGAGGAGGAGGAAGUGAAGGGUCUACUACUGCUCCCUACAUGCUCAUUGCAGUGAAAUCCAUCCCUGCAGAUUUUGAUAAACGUCAGGUGGUACGUCGGACCUGGGGUAAAGAGGGACUUUUCCAAAAUGGUGUGUCCAUCCGCACUGUUUUCCUGCUGGGGGUUCCCAGGAAUCGGACUGCUCUGCCUCUGUGGGAUCGGCUCCUGACCUACGAGAGUCAAACCUUUAGGGACAUCCUGCUCUGGGACUUUGAAGACACCUUCUUCAACCUGACGCUAAAGGAGACACACUUUCUGGAAUGGGUUAACAGCAGCUGUCCUCAUGUCAAAUUCAUCUUCAAGGGUGACGCUGAUGUGUAUGUUAAUGUGGAGAAUAUACUGGAGAUGCUACAAGGCCAGAAACCAGACAAGGAUCUGUUUGUUGGCGAUAUUAUUAUCCAUGCUAAACCCAUUCGCCGGCGCAGUUCCAAAUACUAUGUGCCAGAGUUUGUUUAUGGAGGGGGUUUGUACCCAAAUUACGCUGGAGGAGGAGGGUUUGUCAUGUCGGGACAUACAGCUCGGAGACUUAGCUCUGCCUGUCAACAGGUGGAGCUGUUCCCCAUUGAUGAUGUCUUUCUGGGAAUGUGCCUCCAGCUGAUUGGUGUCAAACCAUCACGCCACCAGGGCUUUCGGACCUUCGGAAUUCCCCGACCGUCUGCAGCGCCCCACCUUCAGACGUUUGAUCCCUGUUUUUACAGGGAACUCAUGGUUGUUCACAGCCUCAGUGUUCCUCAGAUCUGGCUUAUGUGGAACCUCCUGCAUGACCCCAAACUGACCUGUCACAACAGGACAAGCCCGACAUCCUGGCCCUUUAAGUGGAAGGAUAAGGUGGGAGAAAUGGAGGGAGAAGAGACAGACUAUGGUGAGAAGCAGGUGUUUGUCACGCACUAGUGACUCCCUGCAGGACCAAGUGAGAUCUGCAAGAGCCCUAGCGAGGAUAAAAUGCUUAUAAAGUAGGAUCUGUGGCUGACUUGAAAAGCUUGCGAUGUGUUCAAAAGCGCAGUUGAGUCAUGAGACUUUAUCCAAGCUGGCAGAUUAUCUUUGGGGAAAUGAAUUGGCAAAGGCCUAAAGUGCUUCAGAUUUUUCAGUCAGGAAGCCCAAAGAGAAUUUAGGCUUUUCCCAUCCAGGCCCAUCUGUGUGUUCAUACAGUGAUUGUGAACAAUCGUGCAGCCAGGCCUUGAUUUGCAAAGAAGAUUGUGAGAAGACUUUUGAAUGUGUAAUCUUGAGAAUGUAUUGUGUUCCAGUUGUUUACACAGAGACACAACAGGAUCCACAAGGACAACAUGAAGACAUGUGGUUAGCUGGUUUAACCCUAGCCGAGCAUAAAUGCAACUGUGUUUCUGAGACCUGACCUUAACAUUGGCACAGUUUUUCACAUUUGGUAAGAUACAAUUCUUGAAGCCUUCCAUCCUUUCUCAAAACUUUAAACACAAAACCAAAUCUUCAAACUACAUCUGCAAAACCUGACUCCUCCAUCAAAAUCAUUUUUUCCCCACAAAGCCAUUUGAUCAGUGCUCAAAAUCAAAAAUGUUUUCAGAUCAUGCACACAGCAAUUCAGUAUAAUUACUACUGAGCAGUCAAUACACACUACAUCAACACAAUGGUCAGGACAUGUGGCUAAAGAAAAAAAACUUUUUAUUGUUUAUAAUAAACACAUUUUGCUGUUUUAGAAUGUAUAUUGACAGCUUAAUACAGAACAUAUUGUAUACUGCAAGUACUACAAGUAUGAGGGAUUCAUUCUGCCUCAGACUCACCUGUUUGUGCUGGGUCAGGCCAAAGGACUUCGUCUACAUUACAGGCAACAUUCUCCCUUGCCAGGAAAUGGGGGAAAACCUCUUCAGUGUGCCAGAUCCAGUUUUGACAAGACUCAACAACGGUGUCACCACAGGCCAAGUCCAUUGCCUGUAGAAGAUUAUCCCUGGUAUAGGGGUUUUGGUCGUAGUCCUUGCAUUGCCAUGCGGAGAAAAACUCUUCUGCUGUGUUGAAGAAAGGGGAGUUGGCUGCAAGGCAAACAAUUAUGAAUGGCUGGUUGAUGUAGAACCACUUACAUAUCUGGACAGCAUUGUGAAAGCUGACAUUAGCCCAAACCAUGGCAUAGACGGGAUGACCAUCGACAUCCUGAAGAUCACCCAGAUAUGCCAGUGAAGGUGGAGAAACCCAUGGUUACAUAUGCACAAAGGGUCAAGUUGCCACCACACUGGCCAGACUCCUCCACAAUGGCACAUUAGCCAGUUAUGUUUCUGCCUCUCCUUCUCCUGUUCACAUUGAACCUAGCUUCACCCAGAAAAUUGUAUUCAUGUGGCCUCUCUGUGGGAUCCAAUUCAAGCACUCAAAAUAGAGCUGAAAAAAGGUUUGUAAAUGAUUGACUGCAAAACAGCACAUAGUUGCAACACAGUGCAAUUUGACAGUAGUUGGAUAGUAUUGUACUGCAAGCACUGGCACUGAGAGAGUACACUUACUCGCGCAUACUGAAACAAGCAUGAACAAUUUUAAGUACAACUAGCUGUGUUUUAGUUGUGUUCAGCUUUGGCCGCCCAUGUUUACCAUUUUGCAACACAAGUUCAUCACAGUGCAAAAUGUGUUUCAGCCAGUAAGAAAUGUGGUCAGAGUUUUGCCAAGAGAAUGAAUGAUUCCAUAAAUGGGUUUAGCGCACUGAACAUUUGGUUCAGAGAAUGAGGUUUAGUGUUUUAACAACUGUGAAAAACUAAUAUACUGACUCACAUCAGACUGUGGGGACAGCCAGGACUGGUGUUGGCUGUGUUCACUCGGUGAGUGGAAAGACAGUUGAGACUUUCUGUGAUCUCACUAUGAAUCGCUAGCAGAGAUGUUCCUCACUUCCUUGUGCUGGAUAGAGGCACAAAUGGACAGGCGCAUUAUCUGUUCCCUGGAGGAACAACAAAUGAAGCCUAAAUGGAAACCAGCUGCACAGUGGGAGCCAGCUGGGACCAUAGCACACACACACACAUACACAGGCAGACACAAAACCUCUGCUGAAUGUUUGUGGAAAAGCCUGAGGAAUCGCGUAUGUGUCGUUUCAUGAGAACACUAUCAUUACAAUAAUUAUAAUGAUCUGAUUUGCUCUGUAUAAUUCUGUUUUUCAAUAAAACUCUUUAUAUCUUCA